UGUUUUUCGUCAUACAAACGAAACUUUUAUUACUUUGUUUAGUUAGCAAAAUUCGAACAAAUUAUAAUUUUAAGCUUUUUCCGAAAAGUGUUUGUAAAUUUUGCAUGUUCUAUAGAUUUUGAGUAGUUUUCAAUCUUUCUGCAAACCUAUUGCUUGUAACAUGUCGAAUCCCUUGGAAAAUAUGAUGAAAAAACGGGGCGAAUAUAUCGAACAAGUCAAGAAACUACAUAAUCUGAGAACACAAGAAAAUAAAGCUUUAUAUGGUGAAACCUCGAAAAAAACUAAACAAUUUUUGCAAGAUACAAAGGCAAUGAGACUUCGAAUUCAAAAUCAAUUAGAAAACCUUGAUGACAAUGAUAGUGGAAACAUGCAAGUACUUACAACUUGUCUGGAAGAUCGUAUCAAGCAGUGCGACGAAACACUCAAUAACUUAAUGAAGCUGAAAGACCAAAUAUUGAGCAGAUCAGCAGUGACACCGGAUAUGGUAGAAGCAUUGAGAUUUGAGCUCCUGCUCCCUGUUGAACAUAACGAACCCAGUGGAUCAUGCUGCACGCAACGCAGGAAUUCUUUCGGAAUAUUCGAUUAUCUUAGCAAGAAUAAUCCUUUGAAUAAAGCUUUCACAACAGCUGCUAACGAGAGUCUCAGAUCUUACAGGGCCAAUGACUGUUAUCAACCCUUAGCAAAUCUAGCAGAAGCCCCAGACACUUCUGAAGAUGAAACGAAACCCCGCGUGACUGGGUUUACGAAAUAUCCUCCAGAAAAACCUGAACCAACUAAAGACCAAGGAGAUGAUGACAAACCUGAAGUCGUCGGUUUUACAAAAUUUUGUUCCAACGUCCACGAAUUACAUUCAAUUUUGGAGCAAUGCGGAAAAGGUCGAGAAGAAUGCAUAAAGAAAAUCGGAGAAUUUUGUAGUGGGAAACCAGCAGGGCCAUCUAAUCAGAUGCAAGAUCCUCCCUCGAUGUCCAGAAACUGGGCUUACUCCCAAUAUAAACCAAACAACAACAUAAAUCCCCUCUGCUGUGGUCCAAGUAAACUUCGACCAAUCUUCGAUUCCAAAAUUACGAAACUGGAGCAACAAAUCGUUAAAUAUUGCUUCGAAAUUAAAGAGAAGAAUAUACUUAUCGAGCAAUGCUGCCGCUCGAAAGAAGUCUUGCUUUGCCAAAAACACAAUCUUCAUAAUAUUCUACUGAAACUUUGUGAGAAAAUCAAACAGCUCGAAAAGAAGCUACACCGCAUCAAACUUGCAGUUUGCUGCCCAAACUUUCCCAUGGAAGAUUGCAGUGCGAAGAUAACCUGCCGAGAUGAGAUACUGAAUUUGCAGAAGCUCGAAGAGAAACUAGAAAUUCUGUAUAAUGGUGCAAAACACAAGGAAUGUCUUCUGGAAAUAUGCAAGACGUCCAUUGCUACUCUAAAAGAGGAUAAAACAGAAUGGGAAAAGGAUAUCAAACAAAUGGAGAAAAUUCGAAAUGAGCUUGAACAGCAGCUAAAUAACAUGAAGCUGAAGGUUUGUAGGAAACUCUCUAUAACGAAGACGGAUGACGAGCCAAUGGAGAAAGAGGCUACCCAUAGAAAAUCAACCCGACACAGCCAGCCAGAUCGUUUAAAUAGAAGCACCAUAGAUGACUUUCCGAGAGUAGAUGAGAACAGGCCGUCAAAAUAUUCCAAGCGGUCGAAACACUCUUCGUUGAACGUCAUAAAGGGCUUAGAGUCUAGCCAUCACGCGAACAGGUACAUGAAAAGAUGAAGCAACAGGAGGUAUCGUCGACGGGACACUCACGAUCCCGUGCCCUUUUUGGAAAUUAUUCGAAUUUUUAGAGAUGGUUGACCAUUAUUUUAACAUCCCUUCUGCACAGGGAUUUCAGUAAUGUUGUUUCAAAUUUGUAAGUUCUGACUUGAAAUUCUAGUUCAAUAUAUUAUACAAUAGAUGUAUGAAAAAAUCUGGGUUCUACCAUCAUUGAUGCCAACAUAAUACAGAAAGCAUUACACCCAAAGGCAACUGCUAUUUGCAUUGCAGAUGCAGCAGUUAGGCUAGAACAAUAGAA